AUGAUCAAGCCUGUUCGACCUUACUACACCACUUUGGCCAAACCCAUCGGCAAUUCAGUCACCUCAGCGCCCUCAACUCACGGUACCUCUUGCCUGGACUCACACUACUUCGACGAGCAUCACGCGACCAGCACGCCAAAGCAUCAGCGUGUUGAGGAAGAGCAGGUGCCUGGGCUCACGGCAUUUGAGUCUCCCGCCAAUCUGCGGCCUAUGGAGUUCGAGAUAGAGCUUGCGUACAGCAUGGCGAUCAAUGAGCUGGCCGCGCGCCCCGACCACUUCGCCCGCCCCAAGCGCACUCUGCACGGAGAGCCCGUUGAGGACGCCACCGCGCUUCGCUACCGGCCAGGCUGCAUGUACCUGCUGGCCGCCUCACGCCAGCCUCGCAUUCGUCUCGCUGAGCUUGGUCGUCCUGCUUUGUCCGACAUUGCGUCUGAGUCGGCCCACAGCUCGCCCGCUCUGAGCUGUACACCGGUGCUGAACCGAUCGUCUCGCGUCUUCAGUUUGCCUUCUGUCACUGAUUCCGAGCGCUCUGCCUCCGUUUCUGCCUCGCUUCUCGUGACACCUUCCAAGCUGGAUUGUGCUGGUGACGCAGCAGGUGCAUCACCUGAUGUCUCUUCGCCAUUUGCUGGACCUGUUCACGUCCCAGGAAACGACAUUUUCCGCGACACACGUCAGAAUACAGCCGUCAAUAAGCUUGCUCGUCUGGUCGACACAAAGUGUGGAGGUGUUGCUUUUAAGGUUUCAACCGAGUUGGAGGACGAUCGUUGUGUUGUGCGGAUUAAGCUUCCCAAACGAUACCUCGACUUCAUGCCUCAACAAGCACCUGAUGCUGAAUCCUUCUCUGAAGACAGCACGAUGACGGUGGGAAGGGACGAUACCCUUGCCGUCUAUGACGCCUCGCUAGCUCAUUCACCGAGGACCGACGACGAUACCCUGACCGUCGCGGACUUUUCUCUCAUUGAUUUCGAUGAUGAUACCCUCAUGGUUUCCGACUUCUCUCCCUAUGGUCGCGACAUGUCCCCGCGCCAGAACCAGCCACAUGCUGUUGAUUCUUUGCUCCCACAAGAAAUGGUUGAAGCCCCCUCUGCACCAGACAACCAGCCCCAGUCACAGGCUGAUGGAAUAUCGCUCCCACAAGACGUGCUGAAAGCCCCCUCUACGCACAACAUUGAGCCCCAGUCCCAGGCUGAUUAUUGGCUCCCACUAGAAGUGGUUGAAGCCACAUCUGCACCUACUGUACUCGACAUCCAGACCCAGUCACAGGCUGAAGAUUUGCUCCCACAAGACGUGGUCGAAGCACCCUCUGCACCAAUCGUGCUUGACACACAGCCCCAGCCACAGGCUGUUGAAUUAUACAACCAGCUCCCGCACAUGGCGGACAAAGCUACGGCUCUGGACAGUCCUGGCCGCGCCUAUCUGCGCGCCUUCAUCUCGAAGUCCAAGCCUGCCCUGGCGCGCACGCCACUGGGCGAAAGAAGCCCCAACGCCUCUCCCAGUCCCCCCAAACGCAAGCUGGAGGAAAAGCUGGAGGACGACAAGGAGAACGGCAGCGACGCGAAGAAAACGCGCAUCACAAAGGAGGCGCCAGCCACACCCUCCAAGCCGCCUCCCCGUAGAUCGGUGCGAGCACGUGCGCAGCCUGGCGCAGUUGCUUCUACCAAGUCCGCCAUACUCACCGCCGUCAAGAGCGGAAAGGCGCCCAGCCUGAGCGCCAUGCGCCUGGAGCAGGCCGAAUUGGCCCGCCGCACCAGCGCCAACACGCGCAAGAACCGCGGCAAGAAUGAGUCGCUCGAGGUCGUCCAGGCUAGGUACCUCGAGGCGUACUCGAGCUCCUCUCCCUCGGAGAAUGACGGGUCCGAGCGCAUCAGCACCCAGGGCGUGGGUUGGAAAGAACCCCUCGAAGAAAUCGCCCCAGUCGUCAAGACUGUCGCGGCAGCGAAGAAAACCGCCACACCCAAGCCCAAGAAGGCCAAGAAAACCACCGUGGCCCCCUCCUCCAGGCCUGGCACCCCUCGGAUCACCAGGUCACGAACGAGGUCUCAAAUGGUAUGA